UCAGACCAGGUUCACACUGAGACCACAUCACUGAAACUAAACCGGACAAACUGCUGCAGAGAGGAACCAGAACCAGAACAGAGACCCGGAAAAAAAGCUUCACUUCCUCAGACGCUGUUAUCCAGCUGUGAGCAGCAUGGCGGCGGGGUUGCAGGUCGUGGGUCUGCUCCUGGGCGUGGUCUCCUGGUGUCUGCAGUCCAGCUGCACCUCCUCUCAGGUGUGGAAGGUGAGGAGUCAGCAGGAGUCGGUGAGCAGCAGUCAGUGGCAGUUUGAGGGUCUGUGGAUGAGCUGUGUCGCCACGUCGCUGGGGUCGAUCCAGUGCAGCCGGUUCAAGACGGUGCUGGGACUACCGGCUCACCUGCAGGCCUGCAGGGCUCUGAUGAUCCUGUCCCUGCUGGUCGGUCUGGCCUCCAUCAUAGUCUCCGUUCUGGGACUCAAGUGCACCAAGAUCGGCAGAACUUCGGAGAAGGUCAAGGACCAGAUCGCCCUGAGCGGAGGAGUCCUCUUCAUCCUGUCUGGUGUCUUCACUCUGACUGCAGCGUCCUGGUACGCUGCCCGAGUCAUCCAGGAGUUCUACGACCCGUUUUACGGAGGAGUUAGGUUCGAGCUGGGUACUGGUCUGUAUCUGGGCUGGUCGGCCUCCUGUCUGGCCAUACUGGGAGGGUCUCUGCUGUGCUGCUCCUGCAGGAAGACUUCCUCCGCCGCCUCAGCACGGCAGUUUUCAUACAACUUCUCAUCUACGAGUCAAGGACAGAAGAUCUACAGAGCAGCUCUGGCCUCAGACAACAGCAGCUCCAAAGCUUACGUCUAAAGCGCCCGACAACCUGAAUCCAGAUCAGCUUGUUGGAUUUUAUUUUUAAUGCAAAUUUAAAUGUUUUUUAACGAAAGGAGUUUUAUUGUGAAGGGAACCAUUUUCCAAACUGUCCUGGUUGAUUUAUUUUGGAAGUGCUGUAAAUAAAUGUUUCCUGAAUCUG